CUUCUACCGACUCCACCAGCCGGGGGACGCCACAUCUCAACUUUUUUUUUCUUUCCCUUCUUCUUCUUCUUUUACGCAUGUGGUGGGGGGUUUUCUGCACUUUGGAGGCGCCCCAGACUGAGGAGAUUUAACGCAGAAGUCCGUCGAUUUGACUUUUUUUUUUCUUCGUAUCAUUCUUUUUUUUUUUUUUUUAAAUAUAAAACAAAACAAAUAAAAAAAAAAAGAAGCGUACCAUCGCAGGGGGUGGAAGUAGACAACAUGCCUCAGCUCAGCAGCGGCGGCGGGGACGACCUGGGAGCGAAUGAUGAGAUGAUCUCGUUCAAAGACGAAGGAGAGCAGGAGGAGAAAAUCCAAGAAAACGCGUUCACGGAGAGAGACCUGGCCGACCUCAAGUCCUCUCUGGUGAACGAAUCGGAAAUAAAUCAAAGUCCGAACGCGGCGGCGGUCAGACGGGGACAGCAGGGCGAGCAGAGGGGCUUCCCAGACAAACACCGGGAGCAUCUGGAUGGUGUGUCGAAGCAACAAGAUGGAGGCAUGUACAAGUCACCGGCGUACCCCGGGUAUCCGUUCCUGAUGCUGCCAGACCCGUAUCUCCCCAACAGCUCGGUUUCUCCAUCCUCGAACAAAGUCUCGGUGGUGCAGCAGUCUCACGGGAUGCAUCCGCUGACGUCCCUCCUGCCCUACAGCAACGACCACUUCAGCCCGAGUCCUCCACACCUGCCCACAGACAUGAGCCAGAAGACAGGAGUCCACAGGCACCAGUCCCAGGACCUCUCAGGGUAUUACUCCCUCUCUCCAGGUGGCGUCGGCCAGAUCACUCCCUCCAUGAGCUGGCAGAGCCAGCCAGUCUAUCCUGGCCUGUCCCCCUGUGGAUUCAGGCAGCCCUACUCCUCCAACCUCCCCAGCGCCUCGUCCUACUCCAGGUUCCCUCACUCUUUGAUGCUCGGACCGUCAGGCAUGCAUCCUACAGGGAUCCCCCACCCGGCCAUAGUGCCCCCUACAGGCAAACAGGACCACGACCAGUAUGACAGGGGCAUGUACGU